CGGGAGUGACACCGGGAGUGACACCGGGAGCGACACCGGGAGCGACACCGGGAGCGACACCGGGAGUGACACCGGGAGCGACACCGGGAGCGACACCGGGAGUGACACCGGGAGCGACACCGGGAGCGACACCGGGAGUGACACCGGGAGUGACACCGGGAGCGACACCGGGAGUGACAACGAGGGCGACACCGGCAGCGACACGGGCCAUGGCGCUGCGCUGGCUCUGCGUGCUGCUGCUGGCGCUGCCCGGAGCCGCGGGUGACUGCCUGCAGCCGCCCAGGUUCCAGUUCGCGGAGCCGGUCUCGGAGCUCCAGCCGUCCUACCCCGUGGGGACCGUGCUGCGCUACAGGUGCCGCCCGGGGUACGUGAGGAACGGYGGCGAGACCCCCGACAUCACCUGUCUGGAAAACUCCAGCUGGUCCAAGAAAUCCGCUUUCUGCAUCGGAAAGUCGUGUGGGCAGCCGGACAUUGAGAAUGGCAACUUUCACACUGACACCGACCUGCUCUUUGGGGCCACUGUGACCUUCACCUGUCACCCUGGGUACCAACUGGUCGGGUCACCAUAUGCAGAGUGUACAUUGAAAAACAACCAAGUUGCCUGGAGUACCAUUCCAAUCUGCCAGAUUAUUCUCUGCCCACCMCCUCCUAAAAUUGAGAAUGGGCAGCUCCUGGGCGAGACUGAUGUGUUCUCCUUUGGAAUGUCUGUGAGUUACCGCUGUAACAAAGGUUUAUCUCUCAUUGGAGAUGACACCAUUUACUGCACCGUGGCUCAUGGCUCCCAGGGAGUCUGGAGCAGCCCAGCUCCUGAGUGCAAAGAGGUCAAAUGUGAAAAUCCMCAAGUGCCAAAUGGGAGAAGGUUAUCCGGCUUUGGCUCAAAGCACACGUACAGAGACCAAGUGACCUUUGAGUGCAAUACUGGCUACUCCAUGAAAGGCAGCAGAGUCAUUACCUGCGGUGCAAACAGCACAUGGACACCCCCUGUGCCAACCUGCACUCAAAUCCUGUGUGGCCGUCCCCCACAAUUCCCUUUUGCCACCCCGAUGACGGCUGUGAAGGACAAGUCUGAAUUUGGGACGGAGGUGACAUAUCRCUGCAACCCGGGUUACACAGCAGCACCUGGGAAAUCUUCUGUCAUCACCUGCCAGAGCAAUGAAACCUGGUCUGCUGCAGACCCCAAUUUCUGUGUCCGACAGCAAUGCUCUGCUCCCAAAGUAGAACACGGGGCUGUGGUUGGAGAUGUCAAGGAAUUCCCGUAUGAAACAGUGGUGACCUUCACCUGCAACGCUCCGUAUACAUUGAAGCAGAAUUCUGCCAAGUGUGUGGUCGCAGGAGAUGGAGUGGAUUGGGAUCCAGCACCUCCCUACUGCAGCGCAGCGCACACGAUMAUKGUUGGUGAGUAAAAUCUGUACRCAGGGCCAGGAGUG